CACAGAUUAACAGAGGAAGAGGAGGAGGAGGAGGAUCACAUGAUCGUUGUCCACGGCAAAGAAAGAAAGAAAGAAAGAAAGAAAGAAAGAGAAAUGACAACUGUCAGCCAAGAACAGAUUCAGCAGUUCCGACGGGAUGGCUUCCUGGUCCUGGAAGGGUUCUUCAGCCCCGAAGCCUGCGAUGCCAUGCGCGCCCAGAUCCAGAAGAUCAUUUCCGGGAUGGAUGUGCCGCCACAUUGCCGCACCGAGUUCUCCACCCAGGAAGAGGAGCAACUGCAAGCCCAGGGCAGUGCCGAAUAUUUCCUCACCAGCGGAGACCAAAUCCGGUUCUUUUUUGAAAAAGGCGUUUUCGACGGGAAUGGGGAUUUCCUCGUCCCAAAAGAAAGGUCGAUCAACAAAAUUGGCCAUGCUUUGCAUGCCCACGAUCCCGUCUUCAAGGAAAUCACGCACUCUGAACAAGUCCAGAACCUAGCGAGGCAAAUAGGCCUGGAAAACCCCGUGGUGGUGCAAAGCAUGUACAUUUUCAAGCAACCCGGCAUCGGUGGUGAAGUGACGCCGCACCAGGAUGCCACGUUCCUCUUCACGGAGCCCUUGGGGCGCAUCCUGGGAUUUUGGGUGGCUUUGGAAGAGGCCACCCCGGAGAACGGCUGCCUCUGGUUCCUCCCUGGGUCGCACACAAGGUUUCCGAGCGGCAUCCCGCGGCGAAUGGUCCGGACCGCGCCGGGGACGAUACCCUGCACCACGUUUGUCGGGACGGAGCCCACGUACGACCCUUCCCAAUUCGUCCCUGUAUCCGUCCAGAAAGGCGGCCUGGUCCUGAUCCAGGGGGAGGUGGUCCACAAAAGCGAAGCCAACCUCUCCCACCGAUCCCGCCACGUCUACACGUUCCACUUGAUGGAGGCCGAGGGGACCACCUGGAGCCCGGAGAACUGGCUUCAACCGACUCCCGAGUUGCCUUUCCCGGCUCUGUAUACACAGAAUUAGGAGCCUUUGGACACCCAAGGAAUGGACGCAUCAUUUGGGAUCUAAACCAGGCAUGGGCCCACUUUGGACUCCAACUCCCACCAUUCCUCACAGUCUCAGGCUCUUUCCUUUCCCCACUCAGCCCUUAAGCCAGGUGCCAAAGGAAUGACUUUAUGGGUUCUUGGUAGGGCCUUAGCUUAAAUUAAUAUAAUUAACGGAAGGGGCCUGAGGCUGUUAGGAAUGGUGGGAGUUGGAGUCCUAAAUACCUGGAAGGAGGGCCAAAGUUUGACCAUGCCUGGUCUAAACCCUACUUGCACCUCUGAGAAGAUGAGCAUACAACCACCUUGACCGACAGUAUUGAAUUAAAACCUGACAUGGAAUAACC